UCCAUGGCAACCGGAUGUAAGUGGCGGCGCUCUAGCUGCGGAGGCCACCUCGCUAGUGCGGCGGAAGAGCGCGUCUCGGUGGUAACGCGGAAGUGCGAGAGGCCGGCGGCGGUGCGGGUCGGGUUGGUCCGGUCCGGGUUGUGCCGGUCCGAGGUCACCUCGGCUCCGCCGCCUCGGCCUCUCCCCCGCUGCAGAUGGCGGAGACGGAGACGCUGGUGUGCGGCCUGGCCCGACUGCUGCAGGAAACGGCACCUCACGCAGGUCUUCGAGCAGCACCUGGGCUCCCGCAACCAGAACCGGGGCUUCGUGGCCCUGCCCUCGCACCCGGCCGAGACCACCGCCAUCCUCCAGGCCCAGUUCCUCUUUGACGUCCUGCAGAAGACUCACUCCCUGAAGCUUGUUCAUGUUCCGAACUGUAUUUUGCAGUCUGCUGUGAAGAUCUUCCCUUUUAAGUCCCUCCGGCAUCUGGAAUUGAGGUCUGUCCCUCCGCACUGUCUCCAAGGACUGCGAUUUGUCUAUUCUCAGCUGGAAUCUCUAACCUGUUGCAAAUGUAUCAGUACACUGGAGGAAAUCAUUUCAGCAUGUGGUGGUGAUCUGAGCUGUGCUCUCCCAUGGUUGGAAUUGCAGACUGUGAACUUCAGCUAUAACUCUAUCACUGCCCUGGAUGACUCGCUGCAAUUGCUGAAUGCUCUGAGAGUUUUGGAUUUGAGUCACAACAAGAUCCAGGAUUGUGAGCACUACUUAACGACCCUUUCAGAACUAGAGUACCUCAAUAUGGCUUAUAACUUCCUGUCCAAGGUGCCAAACCUUGGCAUCUUCAGCAGAUCCAAGCUGGUGACUCUGAUCCUGCGCAACAAUGAGCUUGACAGCAUUAAUGGGGUUGAACAGCUGGUGAAUCUGCAGCACCUGGAUGUGGCCUAUAACCUGCUGCUGGAACAUGCCCAGCUGGCACCAUUGUCCACCCUGCACUAUGUAAAAAAACUACAUUUAGAAGGAAACCCAUUAUGGUUCCAUCAGAACCACCGAUCUGCAACCCUUGUAUAUCUGUCCCCCCGGGCAGCCUCCUCCAAUUUCCUCUUGGAUGGGGAGCCACUCUCUUCCUCGGACCUAAUGCACCUUCCAAGACUUGUGCUAAGUGUGUCACAGUCCAUCCACACUUCUACCUCAGAGAAGACCACGCUGGACCGCAGUGCUCUGGACAGUUCCUGUGCUGCAGACUUCAGUGACAGUCAGUCCCCAGCAGAGAAUGUGGCUGUGAGGCUCCCUCGGAAGAAAAGCAAGGGAAAAGUCAAAGUGCGCAGAGCAAGCAUUUCGGAACCCAGUGACACAGAACAUGAGCCCCAGGCUUUAUCUCUCUCUGCUGGCCUGGUUCUACAGCAUCAGAAGGAGAUGAAGCGUUUGGACAGCUUCAGAGAUCGCUUUGGUGUUGACUGGCUGCAGUACAAGAGACACCUGGAGGAGCAUGACCAAGUACCUGUCAUCUGCCGUAGUCGUUCUGCAGAUGAGAUCACAGGCAGACCUCCUGCAAUGGACUUGCAGAAUGAGAGCUCUGACCCAGAGCAAGUAAAAUCCCAAGUAACCCAGAAAGAACCUUCUCUCCCUUUGGGUGGUACUGAGAAGGAGGAAGAGCAUGAAGAACAGCUAGUUGAGCCUGUGGAAGAAGAACAGAGAGAAGAGGAGGCAGAUGAGCUAAUGCUUAGGGAGGAAGAAGAGGAUAAGCCAGAAGUGGACCUUUGCCAGCCAGUGCUGGUGAGCCAGAUAGAAGGUGAAGGGGACCCAGAGCCAGAGUGGAUCUUCCUGCGAGUCACAGCUAAGCAUGUGAUUGAGGUGGAACUGAAGGCUGCCAGAGUCCUCCACAAGCUGGAGCUGAAAUGCCUGCAGAAGGUGGAGACCUCUGAGAUAAGCUGGAAGAGGAUGGACCUGGAGCGAGUUUUCCCUAUCCUCACAUUGCAUUUCAGCUACAUUCGCAAGGACCGGCAGAAGCGCAAGUAUGUGGUGCUUGAGGACUGCCCAGAGCAAUGCCUGCAGUGUGUCCUUGAAGUGUUGUCCCCAGCUGUUGAGGAGAACCAGCGAAAUCAGGACCAAGAGAAGGGCUCCAUGAAGCUCCAGUGCCUAAAAUGCAAGCAGGAGUUUUUGCAGUCCCUGGUUUCCUGGCAUCAAGGUUCCUAUCCUUCAGAUGUUGAAGAUGCUAAAAUCCUGGAGACCCUAGUUGCCUCACAUCAAGAUGCUGCAGCAGCUGGUGCGUCCAUAGUCUGUCCCAGUUGUUCCAGUGACCACGUGGUCAUCCUGCCUUCAGAGGUAUGCUCCAGCACACCUUUGCCACCUGGUCCCAAUAGCAUGAGUGAGGACCUGUCAGACUCUGUCCUGGAGGGAAGCAGCCAGCAGGAUGGCCCAGAGGAAGCACCUGACCUGGCCAGUGAGAGUGGGAAGUUCUACAUCAGCAGGGAGGACAGCUCGGAGACUGACACCAACAACAGCACCAGGACCCCAGAGCUGAGCAGCGAGCACGACGGCACUGUCCAUUCCAGCUCCCGCAAUUCAGAUGGUGGCUACGGGAAGAAGGAGCUGGGUAUGAAGAGCCAGGACUUGUCCUUCAGCCACACAGACGCCAAUGCGGGCAGCUUGAUGGGGAGCUACCGUUACAGUGUUUCUCGUGGGCCUACUCCUUCCCAGCUCUCUUUGAACUCUGAGUCUGAGGAAACAUGGAAUCUCAGUCCCUCUGUAAAUGGCAUCCUGAACAUGAGGGACUUCCGUUCAGUGGAUCAUCGCCUGAAACUGUACUUGGACAUGGAAGUUUUUGAGGAGAACUCCGAAGAGUUCCAGUGCUUCCUUAAGGUGGUCAUGGUGAAGUUUGGCCGACAAGAAGAGUUCCUCUCAAUCCUGGUUGCCUCUGAUAUCAAGAUUUAUGUGCUGGAAGUCACUGGGGCUAUCAGGGGACAACCUGCAGACUGGCUGAAGAAGAAUGAUUCUCACUACCUGUCUGAUAUUUCCCAUCUGGAAGUGGGACUCUGCCACCAGAGCUUGCGAAUGGAGUUUGAGAACCCCAAAGCCUCCUACAAUCUGCUGAUACGGAGCCAAAGCUGCUGUGACCAGUUCCUGCAGACCCUGACAUAUCUCCUGCAAGAGAUGCCUGCUAAACGCAGGAGUAAGGUGAAGGAAAUCCCCACUGUGGAAAUGAAUCCACAUCAUUGGCUAUGGCCUCUGCUGGACUCCAAGACCACAAAUUCUGCAGCUGCAAAUGAUACUUGUUUCUUCUACCUGCUGGCCUACCUGAUCCAAGGGGCAUCUGCUUUCCCUGUGACUCUGCUGAGCACCCGAAGCAUGCUGUUUCUGCUGGAGGAGAAUCACCAGUGGCAGGUGCAGCCCUGCUUGGAUGAAGACCACAGGGCAGAAACGUCUCCUAGGAGCAACAUUCAGUUGAAGGAGAAGCAGCCUAUCAGCAGUAUUAGCAAUGUCAUAACCUAUCGUCUCUGUCCUUGUGACAUCAAGCUGAUGCUUUACGAUGAGGUGCUGAAGGUGGAGAGCACUUGGCACAUCCGCACAGAGUGCCCUGAGCUGCUGGCAGACCUGGUGGAGUGGAUCCGCAGGCCCUGGGAGGACAUGUUCUCAAUUGAGCUGCGGAAGGCUGUGUAUGAGGGACUGGAGUGAGCUUGCUUGCUGUAGGCAGGCAAGACUUGGGAGUCCAGAGUGCUGCUGUGCUGGCAAUGGUGCACAAGUGUCUCCCAUCUGACUUUGCUGUCCUGUGGCCUCUGCUUUUUACUUUACUCUUGCCCCUGGGCCUUUCUGGUGAGGAGAAGGGGAGCACAUGAUGGUCCAGACUGCACAGUCACUCAUUCGCACUGGGCUGGCCAUGGAAGGAAGAGGUGGAGGGUGUUCCCUAUAAUACUGCAUAAGCUACACAGAGUUUUAACUUGGCAGUGUCUGCUAGUCUCCUUCAGGGUCAUAUGGUGUGUCACUGAAGGAAGAGGGGAGCAAGACCAGAGCAUCUUCAGUGGACAUGCAGUGGUAUUUGGCGAAGAGUAGGCCAGAGGCAGUUGGGGCCUGUGGCCUUUUUAGCAGGUUUAUUUGCUGCCUUCCUAGCUGUCUUGGAACAGCUGCCAUUAUCUGUUGCUGGUAUUCUUUUUCCUCCUGCCCACCCUCACCCCCCUUGUCCACUGCUUCCCUAAAACUGCUGGCUUCAAACAGGAUCCUUGAUUGCACAAGGGCAUGAGCCAUGUUGUCCUAAUAACCCCACAGAGAGUCCUUACCUGCCUGCCUGCCUGCCAGGGCACAGCUCCAUCUGCUACUGUAGUUUCUCACUGUCACUGGGGAGGAGGGAGCUAUGAGGCUGUUAGCACAGAAAUGUGUUGCUCAUUGCUUAGGGGUCAGGACCCUGGGUGGGCACUGGCAGGUAAAAGUGAGGCUUAGGCUUUUCUGAGCAGUCCAAAAGCAGGAGUCUAUUUUAACAUGAAUUUUACUAUUUUCUAUCUUAAUAAAAGCUUAUAUUUAUUGAA